AUGUCGAUAAUGAAGGUCAGGGAUGCCGUAGAGCUCCGAGACCUCGACGGUAUUGCCCCCAGGACCCAGAAUGGAGUUACUAUCGUAUACCAGAACCCACAGUCUCCUGUACGAAUCACUGGCUUCGCCGUACCAAAUACCCUGGCAGAACGAACCAGGGCUCAGUUUCGCCAACAUCGAAGAAUCUGGAUGGCUUGCGGUAUGGUUGUCUUGGUUGUUGUCACUAUUGCUGGAAUCUUGGGAGGGCUCUUCGGCAGCAGCCUCAUGAAAGACCAUGGAGGCAGCGAUACGACACUGUCACCCAUGUCGUCACAUUCAAUCUUCGUGGCCAUAACCAGUGCGCCUUCGUCUCAAUUUACCACCAGCACCAGCACCAUCGCACCGCUUUUGUGGACGACCGCGCCCGUGGCGACCACCACCGUUUCCCCCGCAGCCGCAACACCCUCAACCUUCAAUACCUGUUCCUUGAAUAACUUCCACAGGAAUGCAAGCUUUGUGGGAGUCUAUGACCCAUUAAUUACCACAGACCAGUUUACAUUGAUUCCGGCAACGGGCCCAGGCGAAUGUUGCCAGAACUGCCACAGGAGAACAAGAACGGCAACAAGCUGCAAUGGUUGGGCCUGGUUGGAGGACCUGUGCUGGAUUGUGUAUGGUUAUCCCGGGAUGUCUCCCAACGAGACAUGCCCGAAGGGUUACCCGAUGAUAACCAUUGAAACCGGCGGGCCAGAGAAGAACUUGGCGGGCUUGGGUCCUUGCGGUCGAGAUUAA